AUAGGUUCGAUUGUAGUCGACGCGAAUGCUCGCCACUCUCUGAAGAAAAACUAAAAAGCACCAGCAAUCUUUGAGCUGAUUGGCGCACCAUGAUUGCCGGUGAAGGUUUCACUCAGAUCUGAGGAGUGAGUUUGAGUUCGAUUGGCCGUACUUUAGACAAUUAUCAAGAAGCAUUUGGAUGUCCAUUUGUCGAAUCUGACUCCUGGGGUCCUUUUAUUUCGAUUGCUAAUUAAAGAAAUGGUUUAUCACUCAAGUUUCGUAGAUGUGGAAGGUAUUAGCAAAGCCUGCGGGUGCCCUUUACUUCCUUUAAAAAGCCAUAUAAAGGGUCCUGCUCCUACAUCCAACCAAGAUAGAAUUGAUAUUGUUGAUGAAGCGAUCACAUUUUUCCGUGCCAAUGUUUUCUUUAGAAACUUUGAUUUAAAGAGCCCAGCUGAUAAGCUUUUGAUAUAUUUGACUUUCUACAUCAAUGUGGCUUUGAAGAGGCUAGAGGGAUGUAGGACCUUGGCUGAAGGGACUAAAGCAAUUAUUAACUUGGGUCUGGAAAAGGUUCCUGUGCCUGGUGAAUCUGGUUUUCCUUUUCCAGGCCUUUUUGUGCUUCCUCAGUCUGAACAAGAAGCAGAGCUGUUCAGGAAUUAUCUGAAGCAAGUAAGGGAGGAAACAAGUGGACGACUUCUGAGUGUUGCUUAUAGAUCCAAUGGAACUCCAAAUAAAUGGUGGUUGGCAUUUGCGAAAAGGAAGUUCAUGAACAUUAUUGUUCCUUGAAAAAUGGUGUUGUAUAUCCAAUAAAAAGAAUAUGCAAUGACAUGCUGAAAUUUUUAGAUGGUAAUAUAUUAUGUUUUUUCCUUGAUGAGUUCUACAAGAAGUUUUUUUGGAGUUUGUUCUACUGUUUCCUUCAUUGCUCAGGAACGAAGCAGUAAGAAGGUUUGGUUUUUUUUUUUUUUGGGUUCACGUAAGAAGUUUAUUUUUGGACUGGUCUUUGAUUGCUGAUUGUAAAUUGCCUUCUUUAUGAGUGAACAUCUCUAUUCUCUAUC